CGCGCGGCCGCGGUCCCGGAAGGGCGCCCAUGGAGCCCGGCCUGCCGGGCGAACGCCAGAGUAUGGCGCCUCUGUUGGAGUACGAGAGGCAGCAGGUGCUGGAACUGCUCGACAGCGACGGGCUGGUGGUGUGCGCCCGCGGGCUCGGCGCCGACCGGCUCCUCUACCAUUUCCUGCGGCUUCACUGCCACCCUGCCUGCCUGGUGCUGGUGCUCAACACGCAGCCUGCCGAGGAGGAGUACUUUAUCAAUCAGUUGAAGAUCGAAGGAGUUGAACACCUCCCUCGACGGGUGACAAAUGAAAUCGCAAGUAACAGUCGCUAUGAAGUCUAUACGCAGGGCGGUAUUAUAUUUGCAACAAGUCGAAUACUCGUGGUUGAUUUCUUGACUGGCAGAAUCCCUUCUGAUUUAAUAACUGGCAUCCUCGUGUACAGAGCACACAGGAUCAUUGAGUCUUGCCAGGAAGCCUUCAUUCUGCGCCUCUUCCGCCAGAAAAACAAACGCGGCUUCAUCAAAGCUUUCACCGACAACGCUGUUGCCUUUGACACUGGCUUUUGUCACGUGGAAAGAGUGAUGAGGAACCUUUUCGUGAAGAAGCUCUACCUGUGGCCAAGGUUCCAUGUAGCAGUCAACUCAUUCUUGGAACAACACAAGCCUGAAGUCGUAGAGAUUCACGUGUCCAUGACUCCGGCCAUGCUUGCCAUCCAGACAGCCAUACUGGACAUCUUAAACGCGUGUCUGAAGGAACUUAAGUACCACAACCCGUCGCUAGAAGUAGAAGACUUGUCGUUAGAAAAUGCUCUGGGGAAGCCGUUUGACAAGACAAUCCGACAUUACUUGGACCCUUUGUGGCAUCAGCUUGGAGCCAAGACUAAAUCCUUGGUGCAGGAUUUGAAGAUACUAAGAACGUUACUGCAGUAUCUCUCUCAGUACGACUGUGUUACUUUUCUUAAUCUUCUGGAAUCUCUGAGAGCAACAGAGAAGGUGUUUGGUCAGAAUUCAGGUUGGCUUUUCCUGGAUGCUAGCACCUCCAUGUUCGUGAAUGCUCGUGCCCGAGUUUACCGUGUUCCAGAUGUCAAACUGAGCAAAAAGACCAAAACAUCGGAGAAGAUGGCAAGUCCAGGAGAGCAAGGUCAGGUCUCUGUUCACAGUGGCCGCAAGGGCCACAGGGUGUGGAAGCAGGUGUCAGCCUAA